AUGGCAAAGGGUUUAGCUAUAGCAUCCCUCCAAAUUCUCAGCGUGCUUUUACUAGCAAGCUUAGGACAAUCAAAAACUCUGUUCACAAAUUUGACGAUGUACCUCCACGAAUUUCAAAGUGGAGAUGCUCAGUCUAUUUUCCCAGUUGCAGGCGUUUCAAUCGAAUCCGCACUAGUUGGUCGUUCGCAAGCCAUUCCAGUAGUAGCAUCCCUUGAUGGCAACAACACGGCGCUUGCUGCAACGAUUCUGUUCACUAAUGGAAAGUACAUGGGUAGCACUGUGGAAUUUAAAGGAAUUGCCCUGCGAUCUGUGGAUGCCAAUGAAUUUGCGAUUAUAGGAGGAACCAAACAAUUUCGGUAUGCAACAGGGUAUAUUAUCUUUGAGCUGGUCAGCGCAGUAGGAGGUUACAUCAUUUCAAGGGUGGACCUCUACAUUAGACAGGACAUACCGGAUGACUACCCUGGUAUUGCUUUUCUUUAA